CUAGGUGAUUGCAAGGCAAUAUUGCGUUUAUUUGAAGUCAACCUUUGGAUAUGCUGUAGGUUUGUUGGAUGCAAAGGAAAGAUUAAAGGAAAAUGUACUUUCCUUCAUAUUGUAGAUAUCAUAAGUACCGUGGUGGAUAUGUACGGAGUAUGUAUGCUUACUGUAAUGCUGUUAAUGUUGGAGGCAAAAUGUUACGGCCAUAAUCUCAGUGUAAAAAGAGGACGGCUAUCAACUUCCUGUACAGCAAAAAAUACGACGUUGAGCAAAAAUAAUCCUACACAACAAAGUAAGCUAAAAGCUGCGUUCGUUACGUCAAAAUCAAAAAUCAGUGUCCUGAAAUCGCGCUUAAGUUAUUCUGCGAAGAUAGAAAAACCGUUAAGUGCUAUAUCACGUAAUGGAGUCUGCCUACCAGAAGAUGUUGGACUCUAUGGUAGAACUGUUAUAGCAUAUGAAUGCCUAUAUACGCAAGAUGGCAAAACACAAACAGGUGAUGAAUGGGAAAAAGAACAGAUUAACGCGGCCAAUGCAGAGGCGCCGAAGAAAUUAAAGAAACCUAAACGGGAGCGAUUAACCAAAAAACCUGGUGAUACAACAGUGGAACCUUAUAAAAGGUUGAUUAUUCCACCGCCUUAUAAUACAACUGGUAUGCUACUCAGAGAAGGAGAGCCCUACAUAAUCAUAUCUUCAUGGUUACCCGGCAUCGAUAAAAAUGACGUUUUAGUCUUCAUGGAUUAUGCAGAGGGGGAUACUUAUACGCCUAAAAGAUACAGUGAAGAAGUGCUACAAAAGCUGGAAAUAAAUGACAAGACAGAACAAUACUACGAAGCAAUUGAAGCUGUGCCGAGGGGUUUCGAACAACAUAAAAGAUCAUAUAACAGCACAUAUAAUGAUGUAUUCAACCAUAUGGUGGAAACUAAUGAGGGUAUGAAUCACUUUUCGACAUAUGCUAAAUGCAAGGAACGACCCCCAAUGAUGAUAAUCAAUGCACCAAAAAAUACUGUAGUGCAACAAUUCGAAUUCAAUACAUUCGGACGAAAACGGGAUCCUCAACACCCCAAUAGAUAUAAUAAAUCUGGUUUAAAAGACGAACCAAUACCUGAUAGAAUACAAAGGGCAUACAGGCCUUUCACUUAUUUGGACAUGAGGCAUAUUCAAUGCAACAUGCGAAAUGGGACUCUCCAAAUAAAAGCCAAAUUAACUCAUAUUCCACCCCCGCCAGAUAUGAAGAAAAUAUUUAAACUAGAAAUUGGCGAUGAUUAUGUUGCACCACCACGUAUGUUUCCUACUGAGCAAGUACAUGGGUGGAUGUACAAUUGGCAUCAUUUUGAAAAAUACGAUUUGGAGUUUGACAUCUCUAAGAUCGAACCGCCUGAAAUGGAUCCCGCAGAACGUGAUCUCAUGGAAAUUCCUGACGAUGAUCAAAUGACCCGAAAGGAAGCAAUUAAGCUUAUGAGGGAGUACGAUAAGUAUCACAAAAAGGACAAAUGAAGAUGUAAACUGUAUAGCCUAACUAUAACCAUUGUGUUACAUAAUGAAUCGCUU